AUGAAAAUAAUAGGACCUAAGGGUUUAGAGGAUGGAAGAGUAUGUUUACUUCUACAACUAGGUUACAAAUCUUUAUUUUCUAAAAUUUGAAUUCAUGGAGCAGGUUUGUUUUGUGUUCAACCUUGUUGGGAUAUUUUUAGGAGCAAUCUAAUAUGAAUUGGAAUUUGAAGAAUAUGAUUCAGAUGAUCCAUUUAGAGAUGUAUAGAAAACAUAUAAAUUAGAUUUCAUAAUGGCUAUUAUGGAUGAUAGCUGGUUCAACUAUUCUAUUGAUAUACUUUACAUUUUAUCGUUAUUAGACAAAAAUCUAAUGGUUAAAGUCAAGAGGAGUAAUUGGACCAAGAGAAAAAUUCUAUGAUAUCAAUGAAAACUUCUACAUGAUAAUAGAGAUUAUAGUGUAUUGUCUAAUACCAUUAUCAUUCACAGAGACUAUGAGGAUUUCAUUUUAUAAUGUUGCUUAAGGAGCAGAAGCUUAUUAUCAUAUCAAUGAAAUGCUUACACUCUUAAUGGUCAUUAGAGUUGUCUAUCUCUAUAGGACUGUCUUAACAUUGACAUUUUGGUCCAGCAAUAGAACAUUAAGAGUUUGCGAUUUCUAUUCUUGUGAACAUAACUAUUUGUUUGUGAUAAAAUCUCUUUUAAAAACAUCACCUUACCUAACCUAAUUUUUAAUGUUAUUAUCCCUUAUUUUUGUAUUUGGCUAUCAAUUAAGAAUAUGUGAAAGACCAUUGACAAGAGUUAAUGAUAUAAUUGAUAAUUUAGGAGUAUAUUAUAAUAGUGUUUGGUGUAUUAUUAUAACAAUAACAUUUGUUGGUUAUGGAGACUACUAUCCUAGAACAGAUUUAGGCAGAUUUGUAGUUAUAAUUGUGUGUAUAGUGGGAAUAUUCUUAUUGUCUGUCAUGAUUGUGACUUUCAUAGAAUCACUUAAAGCUACUCCAAUCGAGAAUUAGACUAUGUCUCUUUUAGAAAGGAUUCGUUUAAGAUAAAUAGUCAAAAACGAAGCAGCUUAAGUGAUUAAAUUAAGUAUGUAACAAGCAUAUAGAUGGAGGUAAAUAUAAUAUUAAUAAUUGUAGAAACGGUACAUUGACAGAAAAAAAAUAGCAUUAAAUUGAGAUAGAUUUAAGAUUAGCUAUGCAUAAUUUUAGAUUUGCUUUACAACAAUAAAGUAAAUUUGGAAUGGACAAUUAAACUGAAAAUAUUAUAAACCAUAUUGGAUUGGAUCUAAAGUAAUUAAGAAAUGAGUAAAAUUUGGAUGUGAGUUUAUUAAUGGAGAAAUUGGAAUAAUAAGAGAAAAUUUCAAAAUAAUUGAUGGAAAAGAUGAAUUUGAUUUUAUCAGAAAAGAAGUGAC